CUAAAAUCGAAACAUACUCUUGCAUUGAGAUUCGUGAAAUAUAAAAAAAGAUGGAGUGAAAAUUAGAAACACCGAGCACAGGCACAGAGUUACACGCACGCUGAUGACUCACAUCAACAUCUUGCUUCCAUGCAAUGAGUCUGAACCCUAAGGUCAUCAUCCAAACCCCCCUUCCUCUCUACUCCUAUACACAAGCGCCUUACAGCCUGGCAAACACUCUAUUCACACUUGCUUACCCAAUCAAACUCCUCCACUUGGCCUUUCAUUGAUGUUGACACAAUUCCCUCACCAGCUGUUCGCCUUUACUCUUCCCUUCCUCCCCGUAUAAAUAGUUCAGUACCACGCCUAUUCAUCAUCCAGCUCUCCAUAUCUCUCUCUUCCUCUUUCUUUUACUACCCUUAUCCAUGGCUUCCAUUUUCCACUUUGCCAUUCUUCUUUUUGGCUUUGUUCAACCUUUGGUUGCUGUUUUAGUUCAAGAACAGCCUCUGGUUCUCAAGUACCAUAACGGUGUUCUCUUGAAGGGAAACGUCACUGUUAAUCUAAUCUGGUACGGCAAAUUCACCCCUAUUCAACGCUCUAUAAUCGUUGAUUUUAUUACUUCUUUGAGCUCCAACAGAGCACCACUUCCCUCCGCCGCUUCCUGGUGGAAGACCACAGAGAAGUACCGUGGCGGUUCUUGCUCUCUCAAAGUUGGCCGUCAAAUCCUCCACGAGGAGUACACUCUUGGAAAAGUCCUCAAGACUAGGCAUUUACUUGCUUUGGCCUCCAAAACGAACUUCGCAAUCGACUCUAUCAAUGUCGUUUUGACAGCUCAAGACGUCGUCGUUGAUGGAUUUUGCAUGAGCAGGUGCGGGACACACGGGUCGUCUCGCGGAUCGGUUCGGGGCACAUACAUAUGGGUCGGCAACUCGGAGACUCAGUGUCCUGGCCAAUGCGCCUGGCCUUUCCACCAGCCUAUUUACGGUCCACAGACACCACCGUUGGUGGCACCUAAUGGAGACGUUGGAGUUGACGGUAUGAUCAUAAACUUGGCUACUCUCUUGGCGAACACCGUCACCAAUCCUUUUAAUAGCGGUUACUUCCAAGGUCCGCCCACUGCUCCUCUGGAGGCCGUAUCCGCUUGCACUGGGAUAUUCGGAUCGGGUUCAUACCCGGGUUAUCCGGGUCGGGUCUUGGUGGAUAAGGCCACGGGGGCAAGCUAUAACGCCCACGGUUUCAAUGGCCGCAAGUACUUGUUCCCGGCCAUGUGGGAUCCGCAAACAAGCGCAUGCAAAACACUUGUGUGAUGAGGGCACGUGGCAUAAGAUCAACGUGGCGGCAAUCUGUGCAGUGUAAUGUAAAUAUAGGGGAAGGUCUGACGGUGGGAGGUUGUGGCCGGACGGGAUAAAUGACGAUGAUGAUGAUACGACUAUUAUUAGAGUUUUUUUUAUGUCGUUUUGCGUGACGUGUAAAUUAAAUUUUGAAAAAAUGUGAAAAAUGAGUAAAAAAAAAAAUAAAAAUAAUAAAAAUGAAAAUAGUGUUAAAA